GUCACCGGCUUGUAAACGCUAGUCGAUUUCACAAGUUGACCGAUUAAAGCAGUACAUAUCGGAUGUGAAGGACAUUUAAAAGCAAGUGAAGAAGCAUGGGCGACAUUAAGCAGUUCCUGUACGCGUGGUGUGGUAAACAAAAAGUGACGCCAAACUAUGACAUACGACCUGCAGGAUCCAAACAAAGACAGCGUUUCAUGUGUGAGGUCAGAAUAGAUGGCCAUAGUUAUGUUGGCUGUGGAAAUUCCACCAACAAAAAGGAUGCCCAGGCCAACGCUGCUAGAGAUUUUGUCCAGUAUUUGGUUCGGAGUGGAUUGGUCAACCAAAGUGAAGUGCCAUCAGCAACAGCAGAUCUCGGAGGAGCAGGUGGGAUGCCCCCUGGUGGAGGGGAUGGAAAUGGGGGAGAACCAGGAGGACUAAGUUUGUUGCCAUCCGGUGUGGCUCCCCCUCCACACAUAGGAUUAGGUUUGACCCAGGAGACGUAUGGUGCUGCCCCUAGUGGUGUGGGGGAGAACCAGGUGGCACAGUACCAGAGAGGACCACCGACAUCUUACAUGGACAGGCUGGCUGAGAAGAGAAGGGUGGAAGAAUCUGAAGAUGUUGACCUGAAUGCUGAUAUCCAUGGUAACUGGACAUUAGAGAAUGCCAAGAGUCGUCUGCACCAGUAUCUGCAGAUGAACAAAAUUCAGACAGACUACAAGUAUAGCAUGGUUGGUCCAGAUCACAACAGGAGUUUCAUUGCUGAAAUGACCUUCUUCUGCAAGCAGCUUAGAAGAAAUCUGUAUGGCAGAGAACAUGGCUCUAACAAGCAGGUGGCCUCCAAGUCCUGUGCCCUGUCUCUAGUAAGACAGAUGUACCAUCUGAAGGUGAUAGAACCCUACACAGGACAGACCAAAAAGAAGGAGGGGGACCAGAUUCCACCCUACAAUGUGGCAAUCUCCCCAGAGGUUGAACAACAGCUGACAUCCUUGUUAGAGGCAUUGCAGAUCCAGGUUGUUUCUGAGCCCCAGGAUCCCACCCAGUCUGUCAGCCUGAUAGUGAACCAGAAACUAGAGGAAUUUGAAGACUCCAGGAAGAGUAUGGAGGGCAUAGUGUCCUGGUCUCCCCCUCAGCAGAACUGGAACCCAUGGACAGCAUGUAAUAUAGAUGAGGGUCCUCUGGCCUUUGCCACAAUGGAGCAAAUAGGAUCUGAUUUACUGAGUGGUAUGGAGCAGCAGAGGAAAAUGGACCAAGGUCUCCAGGAGAUGAUGAGAGAGAGAGGAGAACUGCCUGUCCAUUCAUACAAGGAGGAAAUAUUAAGAACAAUUCAUCGUAGUCCUGUGACUUUAAUAAGAGGAGCAACUGGAUGUGGUAAGACCACCCAGAUGAUGAGAGAGAGAGGAGAACUGCCUGUCCAUUCAUACAAGGAGGAAAUAUUAAGAACAAUUCAUCGUAGUCCUGUGACUUUAAUAAGAGGAGCCACUGGAUGUGGUAAGACCACCCAGGUUCCGCAGUUCAUCAUUGGUGAGUUUAUAGAGGCAGGUAGAGGAUCUCAGUGCAAUGCUGUGAUUACACAACAAAGUAAAGAAUAA